AUGGCGACCUCAUGCGCCCCCUGGCGGCGGUUGCCGGAGCAGGGCGUCGGGGACGUCUUUGACCUUGGGAGAUUCUUCACGGUGAAGCUUCCAGUUGCUCUCGAUCCUGGAUCCAAGAUUUCAGUCGUUGUGGAAACCGUCUACACCCAUGUGCUUCACCCGUAUCCGACCCAGAUCACCCAGUCCGAGAAGCAGUUCGUGGUGUUUGAGGGGAACCACUAUUUCUACUCUCCUUACCCAACGAAGACACAGACCACGCGUGUGAAGCUUGCCUCCCGAAACGUGGAGAGCUACACCAAGCUGGGGAGCCCUGCGCGCUCCGAGGACCUCCUGGAUUAUGGGCCUUUCAAAGAUGUCCCUGCGUAUAGCCAGGACACGUUCUGUGUCUUGCAGACCAUCCUGCCAGCUGCCGCCCAGGACGUCUAUUACCGGGACGAGAUCGGUAAUGUCUCCACCAGCCACCUCCUUAUUUUGGACGACUCCGUGGAGAUGGAAAUCCGGCCCCGGUUCCCUCUGUUUGGCGGCUGGAAGACCCAUUACAUCGUCGGCUACAACCUCCCGAGCUAUGAGUACCUCUAUAAUUUGGGUCAGUCUUCAAAAGUAAGGGGGAAACGAACCUUUUCUCUCAUUUCUUACAGCUGUAUUUUGUUCCCACCUCGUUCCAGAAACAUCCAGAUCGACAGUCCCUACGACAUCAGCCGGGCCCCGGAUGAGCUGCACUACACCUACCUGGACACGUUCGGCCGCCCCGUCAUCGUGGCCUACAAGACAAACCUGGUGGAGCAGCACAUUCAGGACAUCGUGGUCCACUACACGUUCAAUAAGGUGCUCAUGCUGCAGGAGCCCCUGCUCGUGGUGGCCGCCUUCUACAUCCUCUUCUUCACCGUCAUCGUCUACGUCCGGCUGGACUUCUCUAUCACCAAGGACCCAGCGGCGGAAGCCAGGAUGAAGGUGGCCUGCAUCACGGAGCAGGUCCUGACCCUGGUCAACAAGAGGAUAGGCCUCUACCGCCACUUCGACGAGGCCGUCAACAGGUACAAGCAGUCCCGGGACGUCUCCGCCCUCAACAGCGGCAAGAAGGGCCUGGAGACGGAGCACAAGGCCUUGACGAGUGAGAUCGCGCUGUUGCAGUCCAGGCUGAAGACGGAGGGCUCCGAUCUGUGCGACCGGGUGAGCGACAUACAGAAGCUGGACGCGCAGGUGAAGGAGCUCGUGCUGAAGUCGGCGGUCGAGGCCGAGCGGCUGGUGGCCGGCAAGCUCAAGAAGGACACGUACAUCGAGAACGAGAAGCUCCUCUCGGGCAAGCGCCAGGAGCUGGUCACCAAGCUCGACCACAUCCUGGAUGCCCUGUAAGGUCCCUGCCCGGGUGUCCUCAGCGUGGCCCCGGGGGUUGCCCCUUUUCUAGGCAGGCAGGUGAGCGGCGGGAGGAGGUCACACAUCCAGGCCAUCGAAGCCCUGUGUCUGUCAUUUGCAAAAACCCUUUGAGGACGAGAACCCAGGGCGUGCUUCAGGCAGCGAGCGCGAAAGGUUUGGCCCCUCAUCCCUAAACCUUGCCUGCUUUUUUAUUUUUUCGAAAACUUAAAAAAAAAAAAAAAAAAACACGCCCACGAAAAACAAAACACCUUUGUGUUCGGCGCAGAGACAUUUUCAACAGCCGAUGGGCGUUCUGUUCUGGGGCCUGGGAUAUUUUUUUGCAGCCCGUCAAGCCCCGAUGUUGCGGCUUUAUGAUUUCUGAU